GUGGCCAACGUCCAGCUCCAGGCUAACGAGGUGGCCAACGUCCAUCUCCAAGCCAACGAGGUGGCCAGUGUCCAGCUCCAAGCCAACGAGGUGGCCAACGUCCAUCUCCAAGCCAACCAGGUGGCCAAUGUCCAGCUCCAGGCCCUGCCCCAAGCCUUGGAGGUCACCAACAUCCAGCUCCAAGCUACUGAGGUGACAAGUGUCCAGCUCCAGGCUCUGCCACAACCCUUGGAUGUCACCAACAUCCAGCUCCAGGCCGGUGAGGUGACAAAUGUCCAGCUCCAGGCCCUGCCACAACCUUCCAAGGUGGCCAACAUCCAGCUCCAGGUGACAAAUGUCCAGCUCCAGGCCCUACCACAGCCCUUGGAUGUCACCAACAUCCAGCUCCAAGCUCUGCCGCAGCCCUCAGAUGUCACCAACAUCCAGCUCCGGGCCAACGAGGUGACAAGUGUCCAGCUCCAAGCCCUUCCACAACCCUCAGAUGUCACCAGCAUCCAACUGCAGGGCGCAGAGGUGACAAAUGUCCAGCUCCAAGCCCUGCCACAACCUUUGGAUGUCACCAACAUCCAGCUGCAGGCCACCGAGGUGGCAAAUGUCCAGCUCCAAGCCCUACCACAACCCUCCAAGGUGACCAACAUCCAGCUCCAAGCUCUGCCACAACCUUCAGAUGUCACCAACAUCCAGCUCCAAGCUCUGCCCCAGCCUUCAGAUGUCACCAAUGUCCAGCUCCAAGCUCUGCCCCAACCUUCAGAUGUCACCAACGUCCAGCUCCAAGCCCUGCCCCAACCCUUGGAUGUCACCAACAUCCAGCUGCAGGCCACCGAGGUGACGGAUGUCCAUCUCCAAGCCACCGAGGUGACGGAUGUCCAUCUCCAGGCCACAGAGGUGGCAGAUGUCCAGCUCCAGGCCAUGGAGGUGCCCAACAUCCAGCUGCAGACCACCGAGGUGCCCAAUGUCCAUCUCGAAACCACCGAGGUGCCCGACGUCCAUCUCCAAGCCCCAGAGGUGACCAAUGUCCACCUGCAGGCCACCGAGGUGCCCGACGUCCAUCAGCAGACCAUGGAGGUGCCCAGUGUCCAUCUCCAGGACACAGAGGUGACCACUGUCCAGCUGCAAGCCACUGAGGUGCCCAGCGUCCAUCCCCAAGGCACAGAGGUGACAAAUGUCCAUCUCCAGACCGUGGAGGUGCCCAGCGUCCAUCUCCAGGCUGCAGAGCAAAUGACGGAGGUGCCCAGCGUCCAACUCAAGAGCACAGAGGUGCCUAACAUCCAACUGAAGACCAUGGAGGUGCCCAACAUCCAAGUCAAGGCCAUCGAGGUGCCCAGCAUCCAACUGAAGCCCUUGGAGGUGCCCAGUGUCCAGCUGAAGACUGUGGAGGUGCCCAACGUCCAGCUGAAGCCCUUGGAGGUGCCCAACAUCCAUCUCAAGACCAUGGAUGUCCCCAGUGUCCAACUCAAGACGACGGAGGUGCCCAGUGUCCAUCUCAAGCCCUUGGAGGUGCCCAAUGUCCAACUGAAGACCGUGGAGGUGCCCAGCGUCCAGCUGAAGCCCUUGGAGGUGCCCAACAUCCAUCUCAAGGCCGUGGAGGUGCCCAACAUCCAGGUCAAGGCCAUGGAGAUGCCCAACGUCCAGCUGAAGACCGUGGAGGUGCCCAGUGUCCAACUCAAGGCUGUGGAGGUGCCCAGCAUCCAACUCAAGCCCUUGGAGGUGCCCAGUGUCCAGCUGAAAACCAUGGAGGUGCCCAACGUCCAGCUGAAGCCCUUGGAGGUGCCCAAUGUUCAUCUCAAGACCAUGGAGGUGCCCAACAUCCAACUCAAGCCCUUGGAGGUGCCCAGUGUCCAUCAGCAGACCAUGGAGGUGCCCAAUGUCCAGCUGAAGCCCUUGGAGGUGCCCAACGUCCAUCUCAGGACCGUGGAUGUGCCCAGUGUCCAUCUCAAGACCAUGGAGGUGCCCAACGUCCAGCUGAAGACCGUGGAGGUGCCCAACAUCCAACUCAAGCCCUUGGAGGUGCCCAACAUCCAUCUCAAGACUGUGGAUGUCCCUAGUGUCCAACAGAAGACCAUAGAGGUGCCCAAUGUCCAACUGAAGACCAUAGAGGUGCCCAAUGUCCAACUGAAGCCCUUGGAUGUGCCCAACAUCCAUCUCAAGACUGUGGAGGUCCCCAACAUGCAAUUCAAGGCCAUAGAGGUGCCCAACGUCCAGCUGAAGACCAUGGAGGUGCCCAACGUCCAACUCAAGACCAUGGAUGUCCCUAAUGUCCAACUGAAGACCAUGGAAUUGCCCAGUGUCCACCUCAAGAAUGGAGGUGCCCAGUGUCCAUCUCAAGACCAUGGAG